AUGGCCGAGCCCAACGUGCCAGCAGGAUCACAGUCGCCUGGGAGGAGCUCGUCCAAGGGCACAUCGCCAGUACGCUCCGAUAGCGUAACUAAAGGCCGCUCGUACGGCCGCGUCUCGAUUCCGUCUGAGGAGAAGAGGCAUCGCGAAUACCGGGAUCGACGACCAUCUAUGGCAACGUGCGAGGCUCUUCUUCGUCCACGGCCAUACGAGGAGAUCGCAGCGGAGAUUGCGUAUCUCAACGCCUCCCUGGAGAUACAUUCGAGCAACACAAGGGAGCUGAUUCGUCGGUACGCGCAGGCCGAGGACGAGCUGCGGCCCCUGGAGCACGUGUGGUGUAAGCAGCGAAGGAGGUUACGCAAACAGCUCAACCUGCUGCGUGUGCAGAUCAAUGGGGCGGCAGCGCAGGAGCAGACCGUCUUUCUCCGGCUGAGCGAGUUGUACAUGGAGGCACAGAGCCGCGAGACGCGAACGCGACGACAGCAGCAGUCCAAGGUCGGGAGCGAUCGCAGCUGCGGGGGUUCUUCCACCGACAGCCAAACGGAUCCCACCACAUCCUCGUCGUCCUUGAACACUAGGUCGAGACCAGGCACGCCGCUGAAUGCAGAAGCCCUGGAAUUCGUGCCCAACGUCAACGACACCGACCCACGCGAGAGUGACGAGUCGAUGAUGAAUGCUGCACUUCAUCCAGUGGACACAUUGAUGGCGACGAAGGGGAAUCCGACAGUACGGACGACCACUUCUUCGAGGGACGGCGGUACCGACUCGCAUGCCGCGGGCGGGGGCCGCGCCGGGUUUGACUGCAAUCAUGGGCUGAAAUACGAGUUUGCGGUGACACCAGACGAUGACGGGCGGUUGAGGCCGGUUCCCAGACGAAUGCCAUCGCUGUACGAAGACUUUGAAAAGCUGCUAGAGAGGCGGCCGAGCUUGCCCAACCUAUCGUCACUGUGGCCAGGUUGA